AUGGAGAUCGGAUUGGUCCAAUCCAAAUCGUCAUAUCGGUCCAUUCCAGAUCAUCGACAUUAUCGCUUGUUGCUCACCCUCAUCGGAGAUCACUUGUUGCCUCGUCACUGCCUUAAUGGCCUCAACCUUCAGGCCUCCUUGCUCGGCUACUCCGAUGUUGCCUCCCCCAAGGGAUUAGCUUUUCAUGGUCACGAUGAAUUUCAAGGUUCAAGUGAUAAAGGAAAAUUCCUUGAGCUUCUACAAUUUUUGGGGAAUCACAAUGAAUCUAUCAAUGAAGUGUUGCAAAAAGCUCCAAAAAAUUACAAGCUUACCCACUCGGAUAUUCAAAAAGACAUUGUGAAUGCAAUUGCAGAUGAAAUAUCCAAAACCAUCAUCAAGGAUCUUGACAAUGAGUUCUUUUCAUUAUUGGUUGAUGAGUCACGUGAUAUCUCAGUGAAAGAACAAAUGGCCCUCGUUCUUCAUUAUGUGAACAAAAAAUGA